GCCUGCGCUCCAGCUGCUGCUGCUCCGGGGCAUGAAAGGGCUUCGUUGCCCGGCGUGAAAGGAUUUCCCCCCGGCGGAGCCGCACCGUGCGCGGAGGGAGAGAAAGCGAGCCGCUCGGAGCGCACACGCUCGGCUGGAAGUCGGUGCCCAGCCCGGACGCGCGGGCUGCGUGCGGGGCGGCGGGCGAUGGCCGCGCCGAGGUUCGGGGCGCCCGCGGUGGCCGCGGCUCUGGGACUCCUGCUGGGCGCGGUUCUGGGGCGCGCGGGCCCGGCCGAGGGCGCUGACCCCGGAGGCCGAGGGGCGCUCGGGCAGCCCCCCGGAGGUGCCGCGGAGCGACCGUGCCCCGCUCCCUGCCGCUGUCUCGGGGACCUGCUGGACUGCAGUCGCCGGGGACUGGCGCGCCUUCCCGAGCCGCUCCCGGCCUGGGUCGCUCGGCUUGACCUAAGCCACAACAGAUUAUCUUUCAUCAAAGCUAGUUCCAUGAGCCACCUUCAAGGCCUUCGAGAAGUGAAGCUGAACAACAACGAAUUAGAGACCAUUCCAAACUUGGGCCCAGUUUCAGCAAAUAUUUCACUGCUCUCUUUGGCUGGAAACAGGAUUGGUGAGAUAGUACCUGAACAUCUGAAACAGUUCCAAUCACUUGAAACUUUGGACUUGAGCAGCAACAAUAUUUCAGAACUUAAAAUGGUGUUCCCACCCUUACAACUCAAGUACCUGUACAUCAACAGCAACCGAGUCACAUCCAUGGAACCAGGGUGCUUUGACAAUUUGGCCAACACUCUCAUAGUGCUGAAGCUGAAUAGGAACCGAAUCUCAGCCAUCCCCCCCAAGAUGUUUAAACUGCCUCAGCUGCAGCAUCUUGAACUAAACCGAAACAAGAUUAAAAAUGUAGAUGGACUCACUUUCCAAGGACUUGGUGCUCUGAAGUCUCUGAAAAUGCAAAGAAAUGGAGUAACAAAACUUAUGGAUGGAGCUUUUUGGGGACUGAGCAACAUGGAGAUCUUGCAGUUGGACCAUAACAACCUCGCCGAGAUCACCAAGGGCUGGCUUUACGGCUUGCUCAUGCUGCAGGAACUUCAUCUCAGCCAGAACGCCAUUGACAGGAUUAGCCCCGAUGCCUGGGAGUUCUGCCAGAAACUCAGUGAGCUAGACCUAACUUUCAAUCGCCUGUCGAGGUUAGAUGACUCCAGCUUUCUGGGCCUGAGCUUACUAAAUACCUUGCACAUUGGGAACAACAGAGUCAGCUACAUUGCUGAUUGUGCCUUCCGGGGACUUUCCAGUUUAAAGACUUUAGACCUGAAGAACAAUGAAAUCUCAUGGACCAUUGAAGAUAUGAAUGGUGCUUUCUCUGGACUGGACAAGUUGAGACGCCUAAUACUCCAGGGAAACCGGAUUCGUUCUAUUACCAAGAAAGCUUUCACUGGUUUGGAUGCAUUAGAACACCUUGACCUGAGUGACAACGCAAUCAUGUCUCUGCAAGGCAAUGCAUUUUCCCAAAUGAAGAAACUUCAACAAUUACAUUUAAAUACGUCAAGUCUUUUGUGUGAUUGCCAACUAAAAUGGCUCCCACAGUGGGUGGCAGAGAACAACUUUCAGAGCUUCGUGAAUGCCAGCUGUGCCCACCCUCAGCUGCUGAGAGGAAGAAGUAUCUUUGCUGUCAGCCCAGAUGGCUUUGUGUGUGAUGAUUUCCCCAAACCUCAGAUCACGGUUCAACCAGAAACACAGUCGGCAAUAAAAGGCUCCAAUUUGAGUUUUAUCUGCUCAGCUGCCAGCAGCAGUGAUUCCCCAAUGACUUUUGCUUGGAAAAAAGACAAUGAGCUACUGCAGGAUGCUGAAAUGGAGAACUACGCACACCUCCGGGCCCAGGGGGGUGAAGUGAUGGAAUACACCACCAUCCUUCGGCUGCGCAAUGUCGAAUUUGCCAGUGAAGGGAAAUACCAGUGUGUCAUCUCCAAUCACUUUGGGUCAUCCUACUCUGUCAAAGCCAAGCUCACAGUCAAUAUGCUCCCCUCGUUCACCAAGACGCCCAUGGACCUUACCAUCCGGGCUGGGGCCAUGGCCCGCUUGGAGUGUGCUGCCGUGGGACACCCGGCCCCGCAGAUAGCCUGGCAAAAGGAUGGGGGCACCGACUUCCCAGCUGCCAGGGAGAGACGCAUGCACGUGAUGCCCGAGGACGACGUCUUCUUCAUUGUGGACGUGAAGAUAGAGGACAUCGGAGUGUACAGCUGCACCGCUCAGAACAGUGCAGGGAGCAUUUCUGCCAAUGCCACUCUGACGGUGCUAGAGACACCAUCUUUUUUACGGCCUCUGUUAGACCGGACUGUAACCAAGGGAGAAACGGCUGUCCUGCAGUGUAUUGCUGGUGGCAGCCCUCCACCCAGGCUGAACUGGACCAAAGAUGACAGCCCUUUGGUGGUGACUGAGAGGCACUUCUUUGCAGCAGGAAAUCAGCUGCUGAUCAUUGUGGACUCAGAUGUCAGUGACGCUGGGAAGUACACAUGUGAAAUGUCCAAUACCCUUGGCACUGAGAGGGGCAACGUGCGCCUCAGUGUGAUCCCUACGCCCACCUGUGACUCCCCUCAGAUGACUGCCCCAUCCUUAGAUGAUGAUGGAUGGGCCACCGUGGGUGUCGUGAUCAUAGCCGUGGUUUGCUGCGUGGUGGGCACAUCGCUUGUGUGGGUGGUCAUCAUAUACCACACAAGGCGGAGGAAUGAAGAUUGCAGCAUUACCAACACAGAUGAGACCAACUUGCCAGCAGAUAUCCCUAGCUAUUUGUCAUCUCAGGGGACGCUAGCUGACAGACAGGAUGGCUACAUCUCCUCAGAAAGCGGAAGCCACCACCAGUUUGUCACGUCCUCUGGAGGUGGGUUCUUCCUGCCGCCACAUGAUGGUGCUGGUCCCUGCCAUAUUGACAAUAGCAGCGAAGCUGACAUGGAGGCUACCACAGACCCGUUCCUCUGUCCCUUUUUGGGAUCCGCGAGCCCUGUGUACUUGAAGGGAAAUGUAUAUGGCCCCGACACUUUUGAAGCCUAUCAUGCAGGCUGUAGUCCUGACCCAAGAACAGCUUUAAUGGACCACUAUGAACCCAGCCACGUAAAGAAAAAGGAGUGCUUCCCAUGUUCUCAUCCCUCAGACGAACCCUGCGAGCAGAGCUUCAGUAACGCGGCGUGGCCUUCACAUGUGAGGAAGCUGAUGAACUCCACAUGCUCUCACAGUGAAGGACCUGCGAUGAAAUCUCUGUGUCUAAACAAGUCGUCUUUAGACUUCAGUUCAAGCCCAGAGCCAGCAUCAGUUACUCCAAGUAAUUCUUUCCUGGGUACAUUUGGGAAGCCACUGAGGAGACCUCACGUGGAUGCCUUUGCAAACUUUGCUCAGCCUUCUGAUGGCCAGCCAAGACUCUCUCACGGGAAAGCUCCGUUCUCCCCUGAGUUGGACUCCGAAUCAGAGGAUGAAGACAAAGAAAGGACAGGAUUUCAGGAAGAAAAUCGCACAUGUAAUUACAAACAGACCUCAGAAAGCUACAGGACUCCACAUUUUCAGUCUUAUGAUUUGGACACAUAGACUGAAUGGAGUGAAAGAAAAACUUUAACAUACUACCUCAAGUGGACUUCUAUUUAAAAGAGACACAAUCCUCCUACGUUUUUCAAAUGGACUUAUGGAUUUUAAAAGGGUAAAGUGCUUUAUUUAUACAGAUGAACCAAAAUUACAAAAAGUGAUAAAAAUUUUAUACUGGGGUUAACUUUCAUAUAAAAUACCUUUUUAAAAAAAGUAUUUUAUAACUUUGUUUUAUACAAAAAAGUAUCUUAUGUAAAUUAAUGGUACAAAUCCAUGACUAUUAUAUGUAUUUUUAUAA